AUGAUAAAACACAUACAAGCAAGUGUCAGAUCUGAACCACCUACCUUUAAUCACUUCGUGGUUAAAGAAUUUGCUACAGAGUAUGGAUUCACUCCAUUACACCUGGCUGCUCAAGCAGGACAUGACAGUCAUAUUGCUGUAGUAGGAAUGCUGCUGUCACGCAGUACUCAACAGCAACAUGCAAAAGAUUGGCGAGGAAAGAUGGUCUCCUUGCUUAUAGCUCAAGGAUCCAAUAUAAAUGUCAUGGAUCAAAAUGGCUGGACAGGAAUGCAUUAUGCUACAAAGGCUGGUCAUUUAGACGUUGUAAAGUUAUUUGUGAACAGCUCGGCAGAUGCUCAAGCCGAAACAAAAGAUGGAAAAGUUCCUUUAUGCUUUGCAGCAGCCAACAAUCACUUUAUUUUCGAUCUUAUGGUUUGUGGUAAAGGGAAUGAGAAUCAACCGUUACAGGAAUUUAUUCUUCAAAGUCCGGCACCCAUUGAUACAGCAGUUAAAUUGUCUAGUCUUUAUCGUGAAAUGAGUGAGAAGGAGAAAGAAAGAGCUAAAGAUUUAAGUAACGUUGCCACUUUUGCGGAAAAUUUGGCAGUUGAGCUACUUGGCAUUUCAGCAGCUAAAUAUAAUGCUGCGUUGUUGCUUAAGGCAAAAGAUCAUAGAGGAAGACCAUUAUUAGAUGUACUGAUAGAAAAUGAACAGGCAAUGAAUUUUUAA